UUCAUAAUCUAGAGCCGCCGGUGGAGUAGCCAAGACCCUUAAGCUGAUUCGGAUCAUCCUCUCUCUUGCUUCGCUCUUCUGACGCUUUCACUUGAAAAUGAUGACGAGGGGUUUCUACAUUAUAGCUUUUCUCAUGCUUUCAUGUCCUUUCCUCCAAGUUGCUAGAUGCCAGGUGGACUCAGAUGAAGCAGAAAAAAGCUCCAUGGAAGGAAGUGAUCUAGGAAUUGUUAGGGAAGAUGUUCAUAAUUUCGAUGAUGGUGAUUUAAGUUCGGCUCAUGACGUGGACACAAUAUCCAUUUUCCCCAAGAAUCCUUCAAAAUUGGUAAUUGCAGGGGAAGAGACUGAACUGUUGGUUGGCAUGAAAAAUGAUGGUGAAUCUCGUAUCAAUAUAAUUGCAAUCAAGGCUAGUGUUCAUCUUCCCGAUCACCAUUUUUUGGUUCAAAAUCUUUCCACACAGGCUUUCAACAAUGCAUCAGUUCCUCCUUCAGCUCAGGCAGCUUUUCCUUAUAUAUUUGCUGUGAGCAAAUUCUUGCAGGCUGGAACAUUUGAUCUUGUUGGCAUCAUCAUUUAUGAGAUAGAUCAGAACCCGUAUCAGAGCACAUUUUACAAUGGAACCAUAGAAGUUUCUGAGGCUAGUGGUUUCAUCACUAUUGAGUCUGUACUCCUGGUUUCCUUUGGAGUUGCACUUCUUGGGAUUUUUGGAUUGUGGAUCCGCAAUCAAAUACAAAAUCUAUCAAAGAAAACCAAAAGGUCACCCAAAGUGGAACUUGGAACCAGGACGACAGACUCUUCCAUGGAUGAAUGGCUUCAGGGAACUGCAUAUUCUCAGUCACUGUCCAAAUCUAAAAAGAAGUAAAUGGGAUGCUCUCAGCUACAAAGAAACCAGAGCAUCAAACAAACACUAGGAGAUGAAGAUAGCCCAAAGCUGAAAAAAACUUAAUUGACAAGUAAACCAGGAAAACAAAUAUUGCUUACUGUAGUAAAACCAGAAAGAUACAUUUAAUUCAUUUUCGCCAAUAAAUGAGUUUUUUUAAGUGCAAGCUAAGCUAAAGCAGACAGUGGUUGAUUAGAAGUUUCUUUUAUUUCGAAAAUUUGUUUUUAGCAUUUCAUUUGGUGACGAUGAAUCUUGAGGAAGUUUGAAUA